GCGACAGUGAGUUGAGUUCUUGCACACCUUCCUGCAACUAUAAGCACUCCGGACUGCAGUUGAGUUGACAGCGAUGAAUCCUGCCGGUUACCCGAUCGAGAGUGUUCCAUUGCAGGGGAGGAAUGAUGGGUUCCCUGGACAGCCUGGAGGAUCUUCAGUAGUUCAGUACACCACUGUGGACAUCACCUCGGAGCCCCCCAAGGACCACAUCAUCUGGUCACUAUGCUGCUUUAUGUAUUUGAACCCCUGCUGCCUCGGACUGGCGGCUCUCAUCUUCUCUAUCAAGUCCAGAGACCGGAAGGUGGCUGGAGAUAUGAAUGGUGCCCGACACUACGGCUCCACUGCCCGCUGCCUCAACAUCUGGGCCACAGUCCUGUGUUGCACCAUUGUCCUCAUUGUAAUCAUCACAGUCACCACCAUAACCGUAUCAGUUAAUCAGGCGAUCAAUUACCAUACAAAUUCCCGAUAUACAGAAAACAAUUUCAGAUAUUAAAGUUGCCUGCUGUUGUGGCUUACUGAUGCUUGUGGUUCUUUGCUUUACACUUACGGCACAAUUUCUAACCUUUUAUACCCUUUUCACUUAUAUCUUCAAGCAAAACAGAUUUUUUUCUAUCUGUGUUACAAAAGUCUUAAACUCACCCACGUUUCUUUGAUGAGAAUUUGAAGCACAUAUUGAUGCCAGCCUAUGUUAUUAGAUUCUGAUUUUCUGUCGGCAAAGCAUUUGUCUUAGCAAUGGUUCUAAAAAGAGAACUUUUUCAUCUGUAAAUAAAGAUGUCUGUUUUACAACACUCUGAAAUGUGCUUGUGAGAUUUUUCAGGUAAAUAAACAGAUUGUGGUUGCAUACAUACCGGCAUGAUUUUCCCUUAUUUCGACAAAUGAUGGUGACAGAAAUGACAUGAAACGGUGUGUAUAUAGUUGACAUCUUUGAACAAGAUCUACAGAAAUAAAAAAUGUUUAUCACCACUGU